AUGCCAUCCGAAUCUACGCCCACACUGGAUGUCCUCCGUGCCAAUGCCGAGCGUAACCAUCAGACAUUUCUCAAGGAUAUGCGCGACAAGACCACCAAGACUGAGGAGGGUGAGAGUACCCACAGCGACGACAAGCAGCAGCAGCAAACCGAGUCCACGGGCACGGUUCAGCAGGGCAAGGAUGCGAAGAAGGACAAGGCUGCUUCGGACUAUGCUGAUGGGUGGCUCAGGCUGAAGUGA